AUGGAAACCAUAUUCGAAUCUGUAGAACCUGAGACAUCUGAAGCACCUGCUCCUGCCGUAAGCGAUCGAAGGGAAAAGCUACUAAAACUGGUUGACGCAGGUGAAAUUAAAUACACCGCAAAAUACAUCAAAAAAGCAUCCGAAAAAACGCUGGAAAAUAUAUAUAGGCUACGAAAGGCAGAAGCUGGAGAACACAAACAACCAACUAGCUGACAUCAUCAUUACCAAGUUUUCCGAACUUAUGGAGGAGCUGGACGCUGUUAAGGAUGCUGAAAGAAUGAAAAAAGAACUUGAGGAAAACAGUCUGCUCAGAAAAGAUCUAAAAAACCUUGUCAGUUAUGUAACACCAUACAUCCCGCUCAUUGGAAUACUAAAUGGUGGAAUUACCGUUGGAAAACAUGUGAUCAGUAUAAAGGUAAGCUGUCCGGAAAAGGAGGAAUAAAUUAACAUUUUUAACGAAAAUCAACAAUUUAUAGACAAGAUUUUCCUACAUACAAAUAAAACAAUCAUGAGCCGUUCACACAGAAGAUCGAAUAACAGAGUCCAGUUAUAUUUCAACUGUCCGGAGAAGAUGGAUCGGAUUAAGCGAUUGUGUAAGUAUACCAACUACAAGGACAUGACGGUCAUUAUCUUAACCAUGGGUGAAGAAGGUCUGCUGGCAAAGCAUGGGAUUAAGUUCAGAAAGGGAUGGAUGGGUCGAAACGCUGAAAUUCGAUGUGCGAAUUACGUUUCCGGAGGUCCGAAGGGUAUUAAUAUUUUUAUUAACAUUUCUGAAUCCGUCGACGUGAUUGACUGCCAGCUCGAAAGUCCGAAGGGUGGGAUUUGCCUAGGCUUACCCACGGGUGUCACAAAUGAUUGGUUUCAUACCUAUAGGUCCUGGGCGGAGUGGUCGGAGGAAAGGGCAAGGCGCGCAGAGGAGGAGGAGAUUCUGGCGGAGGCACGGAUAGGAGAAAUGGAAAUGCUGGAGGAAAUGCAGAUGGAGGCCGAAAUGCGGGAAGCUUUAUACGGUCAGACUGACGAAAUAUCGGACAUGUUCGAAGGUCUCGCGGUAUAAUUUAAUGUAAGAAAUGCAUUAAAAUUUUAAUUUAAAGGGUAUCAAUACCGCUAACGGAUAAAUUGUUUUCGUACUCACCAGCCAUAACCGAUCGGUCGCUCCACCAUAUCCUCAACAGAUUUCUCAUACCAUAGGAACGGACACGUAAAGACAGUACGGAAAACACCCACGACUCCGCAAAACCGUUAGGCCGUCCCAAAUUCAUGCCGAACUCCGGACCGCCCAGCGUGAAGUUGUCUAUCUCCCCAAGCGUCACAUCCUCCGGAACGGUGAGAAAAACGACGAUGCCUAUCGGUGGACCGAAAGGAUCGCGUUCACACCCAUAAUAAUAGCGUUCGGUCCCGUUCCCGUGUCCUCGAACAUAACCUCUCUAUCAACUCUUUCGUGUGAAAAGGUGACGCCGGCGUCCGCAAAGUUGAUGCCUCUACACAUCUGCAAGAUGAACUCCGUCAUUUCUUCGGAACAUUCGAAGUAUAGCUGGACUCUCCUGUACGCGUCCGUGCUUCUUUGCUGACUCUCAUCCAUUACUGUUUUAUUAUAUGCAAAACACUUACCUUUAAUUAAACAGUUUACCGGUGGGAAGACUUUGUGAAGACCUUAUAAAGACUUUAGGAAGACCUUAUGAAGACUUUGUGAAGACUUUGGGAAAACUCUAACAGUCGGGUGUGGCGGAGGCUUGUGGGGGUUUGGUAGAGGACUCGAGAAGGCUGUGCAAGGGAUGCGCGGUGGGUUUUUCAAAAUGUGCGUGGGUGGUUUUUGAAAAUUGGUAGUCAGCGGUGGUGCCCGGAAUGGGGAAGAGAUGGUCGGUAGACAGAGGGUUCCGAGAGGGGCGCGAGGGAUUGCGGAUCUUUUAGGAAACCGGAAGUGACGUCAUCAGAUGCGCGUAAAAGGUGCGCAGAAGGAUUUUUGUCAACCUGGGGGUGGGAGGAUUGUCACCAAAGUGGUCUCGAACCGCUCAUUCUAUACUACUAUUGACGAAUCUACAAAAGCUAAUUAAUUAAUGAAUUUUGCUACUUGGAAAAUGUGGAACUUGCAGUUUAGUGUAAUUCAAAGAUGUCAUAAUUAAUUUUCCAUUUGAUAAACUUUUUUUCAUUGGAGGAUUUUUCAGUUUUAAUAAACAAUUAUCAUCAGAGGUUGCAAGCAGAAGAGAACGAGGAUGAAGAUGACGAAGAAGACAACAGUAUACCUCUGGAAGAAAUUGUAGGAAAGAGAACUCUUUCUGCUCAAAGUAAUGGAGACAGUCAGCCAAAUACGACUGAAGAAAAGAAAGAAACGAACGACAAGAGUAAAAUGAAUGGAGUGGAGAAGGGAAAAGGUUGGUAAUAUUACUACAACAACGACGACGAUAGCAACAGCACAGCAAUGUCACUGCAGUCAUGUCAGCAACGACCGCAGUGACAGCAACGAAAACAGCGACAGCAGCGACAACGACAACAGCAAACAUAAUUGUAGAAUGCGGUGGUGGAAAUGCCAACGCGACUGCGGUAGUACAUAUAGGGGCAGAACGACCCUUUUUUAUUAGUGAGCAACGGUGAUCUCAAUUAUGUUCAUGGUGAGCAACCAUUAUUAAAAUACAAUAAGAGAAAAAUAGUCAAAGUGAGAAAUACAUAUAUUCAUGAAGUCAGGGUAAGUGGAUGAGUGACAUCAUUAAAUAUUCGGGCUUAAUACAGUAUCCGCAAUGGUUGCUUUCCUCUGAAUAUUUAUUGACAGAUGUCCUUAAUAUUCAUUUACUGUUAAGUUCCUCACCCUGAAUAUUCAAUGAUGCUAACCCACGCUAAACACUUAUGCUCACCUUUCAAUUCCUGUAUACCUAGACUUUUCAAAGACGUAAUUUUUAUUUCCCGCGGGGAAAAAAUUCUGCGGCGCACUUGUGGCACGUCUACCAGGUUAAAUACGUGUUCUUAUAUAUAUGUUUUAGAUAUCCUUAUGAAAGCCGAAGAGAGAAACACAGGAACAGUUUCACUUUCAACAUAUUUGAAUUACUGUAAAGCAGCCGGAGGUUCGUUUCUUAAUUAGUAUUAUAUAGAGAGGUAGUUCCUUAAACGGCUGCCAAUAAAGAAAAAGUGUUUGGGUACAAAGUAGGCCUACUAGAAAAACCACACAAAAACAUUUGAGACCAAAUAUUUAUUUAUUUAUACGUUUCCGUAGGAGACCAUUGUAUACUAUACAUAUGUACUUAUGGAAGAAAUUAUGAUGAUAUUUACAAAUUAAAUAUAAGCUUUACUUGUUGUUGUUCUAUUAUUGUUCCAGCAGUGUUGUUGUUGUUGUUUUAGGUUUUUGUGUAACCACUAGUGUGAUAUUGCUACUGUUUGCUACAACGGUGUUGAGAGUGUUUACUGACUUUUGGCUUGGACGGUGGAUCAAUGAUGGGAACGGGAACGAGGUAAGACGUUUCUGUGAAGUUGUAGCUGAGUGUAUAUACUCUUCGUAAAAGUAUCUCUUUAGAGUUUUAGGUCAGAAAAUAGAAGGGGUUUCUGGACUCGUUUAACUAACACAUUGUCAUUGUUAACAGUAUCUUAAUUAAAAUUCUGAAUGGUUUCGCAAAAUUUAUAUUGGCAAUAAAAUAUUAUUUGCACUGAUGGGGAUCCAACGAUAUACUCGAUAUGCAUGGUAACACAAUAUUCUGUGUGUGUGUUUGUUAGUACGAUAACUUAAAAGUAUAUCAAACAUAUUAAUAUUGUGGCACUAAUGGACAUUGCCCAAGGACAAAUUGAUAAAAAUUAUACCAUGAUUGUCACUAAAUACAUACAGUAAAUGAUAAAUUGUUAAUAUUUUAAUCGUUUUCUGGUUUUCUUAUACAUUCUAGACUGCAGGUUCAUCUGGUAAACUAAAUGACAACCCUGAUCUUAAUUUUUAUGCAACAAUUUACGGAUCGUCAUUGGUCGUCUUAAUCAUUCUUUUUGUCGUAAAAUGUUUCAUCUUUGUGAGUACCGUUCUACGUGCUUCGUCUAACCUUCAUAAUCAGGUAUUCCGGGCUGUCACGAAAAGUCCCAUGGAAUUCUUUGACACGACUCCUAUUGGACAGAUCUUGAACAGAUUCUCAAAAGACAUUGAUGAGAUCGACACCAGGUUACCGCUCUAUAUAGAAAUGCUAAUACUGAAUUUGUCUUUGAUAUCGAUGACGUUCCUCAUUAUUGAGGUGAUAUUUCAUUGGUUCAUAAUACCUCUUUUUAUUUUCGUUGCAAUGUAUCUAUCAUUGAAUAUCUUUUUUCGUCGUUCAGCUCGUGAGUUAA